AGCUUAGUUGAGGAUCCCGUGGCUGCUUUAGCAAAUGCCCGCCACGAGUUUGGCGAGCACGGCGGAGUCAACAUGUCAAUUGAGGCAUCGGCCACCUUUACGGUGAUGGAGCCUUCGACCAUGCGAAGGAUGUUCGCCGGAGAGCUAAGCCACGAUCGUGAUUUCUUUAUCUAUAGUCGUCAUUUCAAUCCCACGGUCCUCAAUCUCAGCCGAAAGUUGGCCGCGAUAGAGGGGACCGAAGCUGCAUAUUGCACGGCUUCUGGCAUGUCGGCAAUCUCAUCAGUGUUGCUCCAACUUUGUAGCAAUAAUGGACACGUGGUGGCUUCUCAUUCGCUCUACGGAGGGACCCACGCUCUCUUGACACACUUUCUUCCUCGUACGAGCAACAUUACAACAACGUUUGUUGAUUUGAGAGAUUUAGUGGCUGUAAAGGAGGCUAUAGUGGAAGGGAAAACGAAUGUACUCUAUUUUGAGGCGGUUUCGAACCCUACUUUGACAGUGGCUAAUGUGCCGGAGUUGUGCAGGAUUGCACACGAUAAGGGGGCGACGGUGGUGGUGGAUAACACUUUUGCGCCGAUGGUAUUGUCGCCAGCGAGGAUGGGAGCUGAUGUUGUGAUCCAUAGCAUCUCAAAGUUUGUGAGCGGUGGUGCCGAUAUCAUUGCAGGAGCUGUGUGUGGGUCUGCAAGCCUUAUAAACUCAAUGAUGGACCUCCACGACGGGUCAUUGCUACUAUUAGGCCCAACUAUGAAUGCGAAGGUAGCUUUCGAACUAUCCGAACGGAUUCCUCAUUUGGGCCUUAGAAUGAAGGAGCAUAGCAACCGGGCCAUUGUCUACGCCACUCGAAUGAAGAAGCUAGGCAUGAAAGUCAUCUACCCCGGGCUCGAAGAUCAUCCAGAUAACAUGCUCCUAAAAUCUAUUGCCAAUAAGGAAUAUGGGUACGGGGGAAUGUUAUGUGUGGACAUGGAAUCAGAGGAACGGGCUAACAAACUUAUGGACAUCCUCCAAAAUGUCACUCGGUUUGGGUUGAUGGCCGUGAGCUUAGGUUACCAUGAGACCUUAAUGUCGUGCUCGGGGAGUAGCACGAGUAGUGAGUUGAAUGAAGAGGAAAAGGGUUUGGCAGGGAUAUCGCCUGGGCUGGUAAGAAUGUCAAUUGGAUAUAGUGGGACACUCGAACAGAAGUGGAGCCAAUUUGAAAAAGCAUUUUCGAUAAUGUGGUUAGGUCAUGAUUCCAAAUAA